CAAUUAUUGUUUUCAGUCGCAUACUACUGAUUAUACUCGAAUAUUGUCGAUGUCUGAUCACAGACUGCAGGUUGAAGCUGUUAUACCUGGAAUUGGCUUGAGGAUUAGCACCUCGCUCUGGAGUUGAUCUCUCUUGCUCAUCGCAUAACUACGUUAGGUAUCGCCUGAUCUCAACGUUGAAGACCCACCACCGGACACAAAUUGGGCCGCUCCCUUGACUUUAUCAAUCGACUUACCUGUCUAAUCAAUACUUUCUGGUUGCUAUUGUGUUCUCCAUCAGAAAGAUGGACAUGAUUUCAUUUUUGCCCUCGUUUGGUCAAUGGAGACUAUGGGGCGACUCCAAAACCUUCAAUAUCCCUCCGGUUGAAGUGCAUGAGAUUGAUACGGCCCAAGAGAAGCCCGCUCGUGCCCUUAAGCAUCUACUCAAACUGAAUCACGCCAACCACGCGUUCCUGUGGAACGACCGCAAAUUUCACAACCAUGCACCUCAUAUCCUUGGUUCCGCCUUUCUGCAAGGUGCAGACGCGGAUGACUUGAAUCGUAUAUACGAACAUGAGUCCAAAUCCUUAGAUCCAUGGGAAGACUCUCCCGGCGAGAUCAGUACAUAUGACUGGCGAGACUAUCUUUCUCGCCGAGAAUAUCAACGUGCGUUCGUAGACUUUUUCGAGGACGAACUUGUCCGUCAUGGCUAUGACUGGAAAGCAGUGGUGUUUCAGUACCUGUUAUCAGGGAAAGAGCCAUUGUUCAGCUCUCUUGUUGCCGAUCUUGGACAUCCCCUUAUUCACCUCGCAUACGCUUUCGAGAUGUCUAGUCGUGAAGUAGCUAUGGAGGCAUUGGGUAUGACCGCCACCUGCUACGGUAGUAUUCACAAAUACCUUGACGACCCUUCUUACUCGAGAACCGAGCCCUCCUACCACACAACUUCUCUCUUUGAAAUUCUCGCCAAGGUGCGAGCUGACAAGCAUUUCAAUGACCUCUUCACAACGUCUGAGGAGGAUAACAUCGAAGUGCUCUUUCGUAACCACGAAGCUGCCCUCCUCAACCAUUGGAAUGCGUGGACGAUUCAGGAUCCCAUUGCUCAGUUCCGUGAGAGCCAGGAAGCGGCUGCAGCGCUGCUGACCGCCACGGUUUCGCCCGCUCAUCCUAAGUAUGACUUUUUUCUCGUGCACAUCCUCACGACUAGCCACGCCGUGCGGAUUAUGCUUCCUCUCAUCCCGGGGAAGUUCCAGAUGGCUCUAGUCCGGCAGUGGUGGCUUAUGACGUUGAGCGUGUAUAUCGCGGGGCUGCGGCCGGAGAUUGAUCUCGAGAGAAUUAAGGGAUACGAUCUCAAGGGUCGGGACUGGAAGUGGACGGCGCACAAGGCUGUCAAAGGGCAGUACUCGACUGACGCACAUUACGUUAAGGCUAUCCGGGCUUUGAGGGAAGCGGCCAACACAUGGGGGGAUCAAGAGGGCUACUACCUACGGGCAGCUGUUCGGUUCGCUGAUGAAUUCGAUGACUGGGCGUUUUGAAAGGAGGAUCAGGGUGUGGAGAUCCGGGAAUUGUUGUGAGUUUUUGGUUGCAUGGCAGUCUGGUUGCCGGUGGUUGGGAAAGGAUUCAUCGGCUUGGCGCUAAUAUUCCUGAGAAUGAUCUCAUCUGUACUUAUUCAUGUGUUGUCACGCUCUGAUCGUCUUUUGUCCGUUAUCCAACAAAUUGACAAAUCGUGCUUGCGG